AUGCUGUUUUGGGAGUUGUUAGUCGGGUCAAGCGGAACUAUGAGCGAUAGUGCAAAGCAAAUGACUAUUGUGAUUCCCAUGGAGGAAGGCGAACCACUAGGGGCUGUACCGAAUGAUAAAUUGAUUGUUGUUAAGGUACAACCCGGAACGCUGGCCGAGGGCAAACUUAUGAUAGGUGAUCAGAUUCUGAAGGUGAACGAUCAAGAUAUUCGUGACACGAAUCACUUCUUCCACUUGUUACGUUUCGCACCGCCAGCUGCGUCGUUGCUUAUCAUUCGUGAUGAGAAGAAAGCCGAAGAGUUAGCUGCACGUGUCAAUAUACCAGCCGACCGUGCCAAAUACAUUACACGUCGUGAUGGAUUCUGCUACUUUAUGAUGCGUCUUAAUUGGCAACCAGGAGGUCCAAAAUUGGGACUUGGUAUUAAACACUACCAGAAUCGUGUACUCGUUUCACGAUGUGAUCCCAAUUCACUGUCCGCACAAUCACUUCAGAUUGGUGAUCACUUAAUCGAUAUCGAUGGAACGCCGGUUACUGAUAAAGAUGUUUGUCGACAAUUACUACUGAAGAGUUUACAAAGGCAGAGAUUCGUUACUUCGGUUGUUGAAAGACCCGAUACGAUGGAGGCAAAAUGCUGGGUUCAAAGCGCUCUUGCUGCGUCGGCCGCUCAGGCGCCUUCGGUUGCUAUGAACAGUGAUGUCCGCGAAAUUGCUGCCAGAGAACGUGCUAAACUCAAGAAUCAAGCACAGGCACGUUCUUAUUCCAAUGAUAUCGUCCCAAUUAUUGUUGCAUUUGUUUUCGCAAGUAAAUUGUGUCGUAUUCAUGUUCAUCAUGGUAAUUCAUCGAAAAUUCAGCCAAAGAAAAGCAUUCUGGGAAGAUCGGCGGGUGCGAGACGUGUCAAUAUUGUGGACAGUAAACACGAUGAAUUUGUGAUUGCAAGUGAUAAUGAAGGCAAAAACUUGCGUCAUGUGCGUAAAUGA